AUGCAUAGGUGUCAUCAUCAGCAGCAGCAGCAGCAGCGAGAAGAGAGGGAGGCUCACGACAACAGCGUGAGGAGUAGCAGCAGUAGCACAGCUACCGAAGAGAACUCGAUGGAUAGCGAGGCGGAGGACGUACUCCAGCAGGAGUGCCUCCGCCCCUGUCGUGUAAGGGUGGAAAGGCUUUCCAUCCCUGUGGGCGAGAAAAGUGAGUCGCAAUUUCCUCGCCUCACGCGUCGGCGCACCGCGACGCGUAGACUCUCAUCAUCCUCGUCGUCGGAGGAGCAGGAGAAGGAGGAUGAAGAGGAGCAUGAGCAGGAGGAGGAGGAGGAGAACCGAAGAGGCGAGUGCGUUGUACGAGGGGAUCCCAUUCGACCCCAAUCCCAGGCGGAACGAGCGGCUCCGCUCGACGAUCAACGCAUUCUUCGCUAG